AUGAAGAUCUCAGGCCACACUUUCAUCAUCUCUGGCGGCGCGUCUGGCCUGGGACAGGCCUGCGUGGAGGACAUAUGCAACAAUGGAGGUAAUGUCGCCAUUCUGGACAUGAAUGAGGAUAGCGGCAAUGAGCUGGUGUCCAAGCUGGGCUCAUCUGCAAAGUUCUUUGUCUGCGAUGUUCUGGACACCAAGAGCAUCGAGGCCGCCGUCCAGGGAACCGCCGCCUGGGUAAGGGAGUCAGGAAAGCCUGUCGGAGGUGUCAUCCCAGCAGCCGGUGUUGGUAACCCGUCAUCUAUCCUCGACCGCCAUGGCGCGCCAUUCGGCCUAGAUGCUUGGGACUUUGUCCUGAACAUCAACCUACGCGGCACCAUCGAUCUUACCCGCCAGGCACUGGCUCUCAUGGCCAAGAACGAGCCCUCCAAGCCCGACGGCGAGCGCGGCAUUGUCAUCAUGGUCGCAUCGUCUGCGGCCUUUGACGGCCAAAAGGGUCAGGUCGCCUAUGCCGCGAGUAAAGGCGCUGUCGCGGCCAUGACGCUUCCUAUGACCCGUGACCUUGCCCGCUUCGGCAUCCGCGUUGUCACCAUCGCCCCGAGUCUAUUCGAGUCACGCAUGACUUCCAUGAUGUCCGACAAGGUCCGCGCCAGUCUCGAGCGUUCUAUGGAGUUUCCCGUACGUGCGGGUAAGCCUGAGGAAUUUGCGGCACUAGCACGGCAUGCUAUUGAGAAUGUGAUGCUCAAUGGGACAGUGUUGAGGUUAGAUGGUGGCAUGCGGAUGCCGAGUAAGAUGUAG